ACUCUUAAGAAUUUUAUAUUAUUUGAUACCAGCCUUUAUUCUGGCAUUUCAAUUUGAAAGCGUAAAAUGUUUUAUGGUAGAGCAUAAAGUAAUAUACCCUUUUACAAUAAUCCACUUUUGUACUCUACUUACUCAUUGGUUAUUUUGCUGGAUUUUUAUAGUGUAUUUUUAAUGGGGAGUGCCAGGAGCAGGAGCAGUGAUAAUUCUAAAAGAAAUCUUUAACAUUAUAGGACUAGUCCGUAAAGUAUAGGUAUUAUAAUUUAGUUUUUGUUGAGAAUACUGAUAUAAAAAAGGAAAUAAUUGAUGGAACAAAAAUCCUACCUGAUUUAGAUAGGUUUAAGAAAUUCGGACUUCAAUCUAUCAAAACUUCAUUUUUAUAGUUUUGCAUUUAUUUUCAGAACUGUUUGUUUUUUUUACUUUAUCAUUUAUUGCAUUGAGUUUAGGGCAAAAUUGUUGUAAAACCAUAAUUGUGUGAUGCGCAAAACAAUCAAAUUUGUUUGGAGCUGUUCAUAUCUAAAACUAUGAA